CACCCGGAUAUUUGCAACGAUUAACGGUUUAUUGCCGCUGCUUACAUGGAUCAAAGCUGCUAAAUGUAAUAAUCAGAUAUCAUUGCCCUUUUUUCCCCAGCGCCCUCCUCCCCCUGAAUGAGUCGAAGCACUAAACUGCCAGCCUCCGAGAGGACGUCAGCGCUGGAAACAAGCACCAUGCGUUCAGAGCUCCGACUGUUAGUCUGAAAGAGCCUGCAGCUCUGGCGUCCAGUAGGGGAGUGGAGAGCAGUCCAUCCAUGUCUGCCGCGGCGCAUCUCUCUGAAGCUCCGUUGGGUCCAUGAUCGCUCCAAAGAUGGUAGCGGCACACGCUUCAUCUCAUUCUGCCUCGGCGGAAUGGAUCAUCUGUCUGGAUAAAAGACCUGCAGAACGCUCAGGCGAGGACAUCGACAUCAUAUUUGCACGUCUCAAAGAUGUCAAGGCUUUUGAAAAGUUCCACCCCAACUUAUUGCAGCAGAUAUGCCUGUGCGGAUUUUAUGAAAACCUGGAAAAGGGAAUCACAUUGUACCGCCAAGGAGACAUUGGAACCAGCUGGUAUGCGGUGCUGUCCGGGUCUCUGGAUGUCAAGGUGUCAGAAACAGCCAACCACCAGGAUGCUGUCACCAUCUGCACACUGGGUAUUGGAACGGCGUUUGGCGAGUCCAUUCUGGAUAACACGCCGCGCCAUGCCACCAUCGUUACCCGGGAGUUCAGUGAGCUGUUGCGCAUCGAACAGAAGGAGUUCAAGUUGCUGUGGGAGAAAUACCGGCAGUACAUGGCAGGACUGUUAGCGCCACCUUAUGGUGUUAUGGAAACUGGCCCCAGUAAUGACAGAAUGCCAGACAAAGAAAACAUGAGCAACAGCUCCUUAUGCCAGGUCUCAAAAAGCACAGGCAAGACACCACUCAUUGAAAGCCGUGCCACCUUGCCUCCCACUAAAACUGUUACUCAGGUCCCAUCUGAGAAGAUCUUGAGAGCAGGAAAGACCUUAAGGAAUGCCAUCCUAUCCAGAGCUCCACACAUGAUACGAGACCGGAAAUACCAUCUGAAGACGUACCGGCAAUGCUGUGUUGGGACAGAGCUGGUGGACUGGAUGAUGCAUCAGAGCUCUUGUGUUCACUCCCGCACACAGGCAGUGGGCAUGUGGCAAGUCUUACUGGAGGAGGGUGUCCUGAACCACGUGGACCAGGAACACAACUUUCAAGACAAGUACCUGUUUUACCGUUUCCUGGAUGAUGAGCAGGAGGAUGCCCCACCACCAACAGAGGAGGAGAAGAAAGAGAGUGAAGAGGAACUGCAGGACACCCUCCUACUCCUCCUGCAGAUCGGGCCUGACGCACAUAUGAGAAUGAUUCUCAGAAAGCCGCCUGGUCAGAGGACAGUGGAUGACCUGGAGAUCAUCUAUGAAGAACUGCUACACAUUAAGGCCUUGUCACAUCUCUCUACCACAGUGAAGAGAGAGCUGGCAGGUGUGCUGAUCUUUGAGUCUCAUGCAAAAGCAGGAACUGUGUUGUUUAAUCAAGGAGAAGAAGGAACAUCAUGGUACAUCAUUCUGAAAGGAUCUGUAAAUGUGGUGAUUUAUGGGAAGGGGGUUGUAUGCACGCUCCACGAGGGAGAUGACUUUGGAAAACUGGCACUGGUGAACGAUGCUCCAAGAGCAGCAUCCAUUGUCCUACGUGAAGACAACUGCCACUUCCUGAGGGUGGACAAGGAGGACUUUAAUAGGAUCCUGAGGGAUGUGGAAGCCAACACCGUCCGGCUGAAGGAGCAUGAUCAGGACGUGCUGGUGUUGGAGAAGAUCCCCUCAGGCAGUCGUGUAUCGAACCAUGGAAGUUCUCAGAGCCAGCACAAGUACAUGGUGAUGUCUGGAACACCAGAGAAGAUAUUAGAGCACUUCCUAGAAACAAUGCGCCUUGACUCAACAUAUGCAGACCCAGAUUCUGCACUUGAAGACUUCAUUCUGAUGCACUGUGUUUUCAUGCCAAACCAUCAGCUCUGCCCUCUGCUCAUGUCUCACUAUCACGCACAGCCGUCACAGGGCACAGAGCAAGAGAAGCUGGAUUAUGCUCUCAACAACAAAAGGCGAGUGAUCCGCCUGGUAUUGCAGUGGGCAACAGUGUGGGGCGACCAUCUGCAGGAAGAGGAGACAUCCAUAGCCUUCCUGGAUGAGUUCUUCAUCUCUGUUUCUGAUGAUUCCCGGAUAAUUCCGGCCCUAAAGGAGCAGCUUCCAGAACUGGAGAAGAUUGUGAAGCAGUUCUCUGAGGAAGCCAGGUCAGCACAGAAGAAGCACAAAGUACUCCUCCGGCAAUUUAGUAUUGGUGACGAACGACUUCAGAAGCGACAACCGAUAAAGGUCACCGAUGAAAUUCUCUUUAAGGUGUACUGCAUCGAUCACACCUACACCACAAUCCGUGUGUCAGUGGCGGCUACUGUGAAAGAGGUGAUUAAUGCUGUAGCUGAUAAGCUGGGCUCUGCUGAAGACCUUAUUCUUGUCAAGAUGAGUUCUUCAGGAGAAAAAGCUGUGCUGAAGCCCAAUGAAACGUCUGUGUUCACAACUUUAAGUAUCAAUGGGCGGCUCUUUGUUUGCCCACGGGACCAGUUUGACUCACUGACACCUCUGUCAGAACAAGAAGGUCCCUCUUUGGGCUCAAUUGGCACAUUUGAGCUUAUGAGUUCUAAGGAUCUAGCCCACCAGAUGACCGUGUAUGACUGGGAGCUCUUCAAUUGUGUCCAUGAGCAUGAGCUUAUCUACCACACAUUUGGAAGACAACAUUUUAAAAAGACAACAGCCAACUUGGAUCUUUUCCUCAGGCGCUUCAAUGAGCUUCAGCUAUGGGUAGUGACUGAGAUUUGCUUGUGCUCACAACUCAGUAAACGAGUCCAGCUACUGAAGAAAUUCAUAAAAAUUGCUGCACAUUGCAAGGAAUAUAAAAACCUGAACUCCUUUUUUGCCAUUGUGAUGGGCCUAAGUAAUGUGGCUGUGAGCCGAUUAACACAGACCUGGGAGAAACUUCCCAGCAAGUUUAAAAAGUUCUACUCAGAGUUUGAAAGUUUAAUGGAUCCAUCUAGGAACCACAGAGCAUACAGGCUCACCAUGGCUAAGCUUGAGCCACCAAUCAUUCCCUUCAUGCCUUUACUUAUAAAAGAUAUGACAUUUACCCAUGAAGGCAACAAGACAUUUAUUGACAACUUGGUCAAUUUUGAAAAAAUGCGAAUGAUUGCAAACACUGUGAGAAUAGUACAGUACUGCAGAAGCCAGCCUUUCAAUCCAGAUGCAGGACUUGCUAACAAGAACCAUCAGGAAGUGCGGAGUUAUGUGCGGCAGCUGAAUGUAAUUGACAACCAGAGGACUUUGUCACAACUGUCACACAGGCUGGAGCCACGCAGAGCAUGACAAAGCUGAUAGGAAUUGGUCACAACUAUUGGCCUCACACCAUCACACAUGCUGCUAUAAGCAGGGCACUGCCAAAAAAAAUGAAACCUACACAAACAAUGACAGUAGGAACUGACUGAUUUUACUGUAUUAUCAAAACUUUAAAAUGGGACUUGACAGAGAAAACUCAUCUGUCACAACUGGUAUCCUACCAUAUCUAGAUAUUCAGAAAAGAAGGAAGAAUGCUGACUUGUUUAAUUAACCUUCUAGUUCAUUUAACUUUAAUGAUUUUUGAAGCACAAGAUAUACAUACUGUUUGAUAUCAUAUUUAUAUUUAUUGUUGAAUGGGCAUAAUUUCGGGCAUUACAUUUUACCUUUUCGUUUAUACUCUAAACAAAUGUGAUAUAUAUUUGAAUGCUACUCUCUUUAAAUCUUUAUGUUUGACACUCUUCCAGUUUCCUGUAUUAAAAAAAAAAGAAGUAGAAGAAGGACUUGUCCAUUUUUUGUAUUUUUUGUUUAUCGGAAGGUGUGUUCUUUUUAUUAACCUGGAACGUCCAUUCAGCUGAAUAUGUUCAUUGCCCAGAGAUGGUGCCAAGUGUAUUUAUUUAUCUGCUUAAAUCUAGCAUGUAAUUACAGUAAAUAUCAAAAUUUGUUUCCCCUGUAGGCUAACUGUGCUGUUUAUCCACUUUCUGAAUGUUUAUGUGUAAUAUGUAAAUAACAAUUACCAGCUAAAUGACUUAUCUGCUUUAUCAAUUAAAAUUUACUUCAUUCUUACAA